AUGCCCUCUAAAUUCUGUCUUGAAAUGCUGAACAUUUUUCGAACUGGAAAGAAUCAGCAGAAAUGGGACCCUCUAAUCCCUCUACAACGGAAAGAAGCGCAAAAGCCAAGAUUAAGUUGGCUAGGUCUUUCUCUUGAUUUAUUACUUAUUCUUUGCAUCAUAACAUUUAUCGUUUUUGCCCAUCUGGCAAUAACAAGCAAUGGCCACAUUCUCACCGAGGACUCACGAGCACAAUUCUUACUUAAUGUCACUUUCUAUGGCCCAACUAUCUUCCCUAUUCUCUUUGCUGCUAUCGUUGGUCGCGCAUUGAAGGCUCUUGCAACAUGGGAACUGCAGAAAGGCUCUACUAUAGGUCAUGUUGAAACACUUUCUGGUAGUACUACUCUGAUAGGAGCCAUCAUCACACAGAUCCAAUUAAGAAACCUCAAUCUCGUCGCCAUUAGUCUUGUCGUGCUAUGGGCACUUUCUCCAGUUGGUGGCCAAGCAUCACUUCGAGUCUUGCGGCAAGGGACUAGAGUUACCAAGACAAAUCAUCAAUUCUAUGCUUUAGACCCAAUGUCGUCAUGGGAAGCCGGCAGCAGCAACCACUAUCCAAUGUUGACACACACCCUCUUUGCAUCCUCGCUGAUCGCGUCAAGAAAGCUCUAUAAUAAGCCGCAAGAUAUUUGGGGUAACUUACGUAUACCAAUGGUCGAAGCCUUUGACAAUUAUCAAGACCAUCGAUGGAUCAAAAUCCCAGACAAUGAUACCGGCAUAACAUUUUCAUCUCUUAUAGGUAUUCCAUUCGACCGAGAAUUACCAGUUGAGCAGACAUCAUUUACACUCAAUACAUCCUACAUGUAUCUGGAUUGUCCGACUUUUCAUACCAGUCCCAGGGAGCACGAACAGCCGCCCAUCGAGGGGUACAAAGCACCCUCAUGGACCAACUUUACGGCCGACCCUCCUUCACUUGAAAAUCCCGAUAAUACAUGGCUACAUUAUCACAAGUUUGUGGGAGACGAUGGAUCUAUCGUGGCCAACGGCUUCCAAAUAACUAUGGCCAGUUGUGACUGGGGCUGUUCUCAGUGGUUCAAGCCACGGGAGGCUCGUAGGGUCAUUUGGGAGUCAGCCUCUGCCAAGACCUUUGCACACAUUGAUUGCACUCUACAUACGACGUAUGUGGACGUAAAAUAUGAUUGCCUUGAUGGGUCCUGUUCUCCAAUCGAAGUGCGCUUGUCACCCAAUAAGCCAGACCCAAGUCACUUCAGUAACCUCUUUUCGUCAGAUGGGAAACCUCACGAUCCAUGGAACACUCGCAACUUCACCGGCUUUGAAAAAGGCUAUUCCAACAUACCCUCAAACUUUUUGAUUGCGAUGACCUCGGCCUUCCGUAUGAAUAGCGUUCGCGCUUUAGUCCCUCUUUUAGGGUUCAUACUCUCUCCGAAUGACACAACGGCUAUUCCACCCGACGGCGUAUUUUACGAAGAUGUUACUAGCAUCGGUAGAGCAAAGUUUCAAGAGAGAUUAUCUCAGUUGUUCAACACUUUGUUUCUUGCUGGUAUCGAACCGUCCGUCAUUGUAGGUACUAUGCCGGUAACUGAAAAAGAACAAUACUUCGCCACAUCAACCCAUACCGCAGAGACGAGAUUAUCCGAAAACAUACUUGUGUGCAACAAGGCGUGGUUUACAACCAUGCUAAUUAUCUGUCUUAUUGUCUUUGUUAUAUCUCUCUCUGGGGCAAUUCUUCGAGCUAUCACGCUAGUGCCAGAUGCUUUAGGAACAUUGUCAAUCAUCACUCUAGACAAUCGUUGCGAGAAGGAUUUGCAGAAGGCGUCAAUGCUAGAUGGACUUGAGCGCUCCCGUUUACUUAAGAAUGUGACCAUCAAGUUGGGAAAUGUAAGGCAAGAUAGCCCUUCAGGCCGUGUUGGAUUUACAGCACCAGCGAAUAACGAGGAUGUGGUUCAGCUGCAUUGGAAUACGUAUUACGAGUAG